CAAUUGUUCAAAUAGACCAGCUGACAAAGAUAAGACGCAAAGUGGUACUUUCGCAUGAGGCACUUUGUUUGUUAUUCACUUGGCAUGACUGCAGCUGUACUCGAUGAAAGUGGACAUUUAGUCAGCAUUUAAUCUUCAAGUACGAUGGAAUUUUUAAAAACGUCGCUGGUGGUUUUUCUCGCACUCGCGGUCCUAUCGGCCGAAAGUGCUCGGAUUCUGGGCGUUUUUCCGUGGCCGGGAAAGAGUCACAUGAUCACCUUCGCCGCCCUGACGCACGCCCUGGCCGAAAGGGGCCACGAACUGGUGGUCGUCAGCACCUACCCAUCAAAGAAACCGCCCGCCAACUACACGGACAUCGACAUCGCCCCCAGUUUGGAGGAAAUGUAUCAAGCGAUGAUGAACAAUCCAGACAUGUACGAUUUUGAGGACAUCCCUCUCUUCCUGCUGCCCAAUGAGUUUUUCUGGCCGGCCGGAACGCAAGCACUGGAAUUAGCAUUCGGAGACCAGAAAAUGAAGGACCUACUUAAGGAUGAGAAAGGGUUUGAUUUGGUCAUCUCGGAGGAUUUCAUGUGCGACGCAGUAUUCGGCUUUGCCCAUCACUUUAAGGCACCGUUGGUCCUAAUCUCGUCCUUUGGCGGUUUCCACUGGCAAAACUACGCAGUGGGCAACCCGUACAACCCAGCCUACGCCGUGAACAACAUUCUCGAGUACCCUGACAAGAAGACCUUUUACCAACGCAUGAUAAACACCCUGUUCGUGUGGUACUGGGACAUCGGCAGCGAAUUCCUCUACUACCCGCAGCAAGAAAAACUGAAAGAGAAAUUUUUCGGCCCGGGCCUGCCGUCGCUGAAGGAGCUGAGGAGGAGCGCCAGCCUGGUGCUGGUCAACAACCACUUCUCGCUGCACUUCCCGCGACCUUUGGUGCCCAACUUCGUCGAGGUCGGGGGCAUGCACGUCAAACCGGCGUCGAAAGGAAAGUUGCCGCCGAAAAUGCAAAACUGGCUCGACGACGGCAAGGAGGGCGUCAUUUACUUUUCGCUCGGAUCCAAUUUGAGGGCAAAUAUGCUCCCCGAGGCAAAAAGAACCGCGUUCUUGGAAGCUUUUGCCCAACUGCCGCAGCGGGUCAUCUGGAAAUGGGAGUCGGAAACGCUGCCCGGGAAGCCCGACAACGUCAUGAUCAGUCCGUGGGUCCCACAAAUGGAAGUCCUAGCACAUCCAAAUGUGAAAUUAUUCAUCACGCAUGGUGGUCUUUUGAGUGGGCAGGAGGCAAUGUACAAUGGAGUCCCAAUAGUUGGAAUCCCGGUUUUUGGAGACCAAAAGAUGAACAUUCAGAGAGCUGUGAAUGAGGGCUACGCAGUUAUGCUUUCCUUGAAAAAUAUCACCAAAGAGACCGUUCUCACGGCUAUUCUUGAGGGUCUAAAUAACCCUAGGAUUCGAACAGAAGUGCAACGGCGAAAAGCAGUUUUUCUGGAUCAACCCGAGACUCCGCUGGAGAGGGCUGUGUUUUGGACCGAAUACAUAAUUAGGCACAACGGCGCACCUCACCUUCGUUCGGCAGUUAUGGAUUUGACGUGGUACCAAGAGAAGCUGCUCGAUGUUUACGCAGUUUUGCUUUUAAGUGUUACAGUAUUAUUGCUGACCUUCGGCUUUUUUGUGAAAUUCAUUGUGCAAAAAUGUAAAGGCGGAAACAAAGUUAAAAGUAAAAAUGAAUAAAAUAUACUAAAUACAUUAACCAGAUAAUUCAAA